AAUUUUAGCAAAAUGAAGUGUAUCUUUGUUUGGGUUUUUUUUUGUGCAAACUUGAAACGUUGGGGUAGGGAUAAUUUGCUUUUUUGCCGCCGAGUUUACCAGGGGUGCCAAGGCCAAGACCCCUUCAGAGCUGUGCCUACCAGUGCCUACAUUUUAACCUUAUCAUAUUCAAAAUGGCUGCUAUUGUUUAGUCUGGGUAUUCUUUACAAAAACACGCUUUACAAAUUCAAAUUGCCUUAACCUUGACUAAUAGAAGAUUUCUACUCUAGUGAGCUCGAUAACAAUGGCUGAAAAAGAUAUGUUUCCUUUAAAUCCGACAUUAAUGAGCGGUCUGAACGAUAAAGUAUACGAGAAACGGAAAAAAGCAGCUCUAGAAAUUGAAAGAAUGGUUAAAGAAUAUCUCGCUAAUGAUGAUGUUUCAUUGAUAAAAAGACUCAUGUCAGUGCUCACCACAGAAUUCUCAAAUUCGCACAACCCACACAGUCGUAAGGGUGGCCUCAUUGGUCUAGCGGCAACAGCUAUAGCUUUGGGAAAAGAAUGCAUUUCAUAUUUACAAGAAUUGAUACCUCCAGUACUGUCAUGUUUCUAUGACCAAGAUAGUCGUGUCCGAUAUUACUCGUGUGAAGCUUUAUACAAUAUUUCCAAAGUUGCCAGAGGAGCUAUUUUGCCUUUCUUCAAUCAGAUCUUUGAUGGACUCAGCAAACUAGCAUCAGACCCUGAUCCCAAUGUGAAAAGUGGAGCUGAUUUACUGGAUAGAUUAAUCAAGGAUAUCAUUACUGAAAGUGCAUCGUUUGAUCUUGUAUCGUUCAUACCUCGACUACGCGACAGGAUUUACACAAAAAAUCCAUUCGCUAAACAGUUUGUGAUUUCUUGGAUUUUAAUUUUGGACUCAGUCCCAGACCUCGACAUGGUCGUUUUUCUUCCCGAGAUCCUUGAUGGCAUAUUCACGAUAUUUCAAGAUGAUUCGUCAGAAAUCAGAAAAAUGUGUGAGGCAGUGCUUGGCGAGUUUUUACGCGACAUUAAGAAAGCUCCUGAAAACGUGAAAUACGCUGACAUGGUCAACAUUAUUGUGGUGCAUUCAACGUCACCAGAUGAGAUCAUUCAGUUUACAGCCGUGCUGUGGCUUCGAGAAUUUCUCUCUUUGUCUGGACGAAUGAUGAUACCGUUUUGCGCUAAUAUUCUCUCGGCAAUAUUGCCCUGUGUUUCAUAUGAAAAUUGCCGAUUUAAAACCAAAGAAAUUGCCACGAAUGUGAACCAACAAGUUCGCGAUCUUAUUACGAGCGACGACGAUAAGGAGUCAAGUCCGACAAAAAAUACCGAAAAAAUGGAUUGCGAUGUAGAAUCAAUGGAGUAUAACUUGGAUAUUGGUUCUGUUCUUAUUGUACUCACGUCACAACUGAGCAGUGAAUUUAUAGAGACGCGACUUGCAGUCCUGAGAUGGGUGCUGUUAUUGUUGGAGAAAACACCUAAUAAGUUGUUUAAACACAUGGAGAAAAUAUUUUUUGUGUUAUUGGAUCGUGUAUCCGAUCUGUCUGACGAAGUGGUUAUGACCGACUUAGAAGUACUUGCCGUAAUUUCAGCAUCACCUGCUGGUCAACCCAUUUCAUCUUACGUGUCAACAACGGACAGACGGACCAAUGACGGAGCUGUGAUUUCACGUGCUAACAACAUGAAUGAAUAUUUCUAUAAAUUUCUCUCUAAUUUAAUUGGAAAGUUUCGUCUGGAUGGUAAAUUACUCGAAGAUAAAGGAUGUUUCAUUAUACGAAAGCUUUGUCUCUUGCUAAGUUCAGAGGAUAUUUAUCGAACACUCGCCGAAAUUCUGCUCGAGGAAAAUGAUUUGAAAUUUGCGUCGUUGAUGGUUAAAACACUGAACGUUAUCUUACUUACAUCGAGCGAACUUUUUGAGCUAAGAAUGAAGUUAAAAGAAUUGAAAACGAAGGAAAGCUGUGAUAUAUUCUGGGUGCUUUACAAAUGUUGGUGUCAUAAUGCCAUCGCGACGUUUUCGUUAUGUCUCUUGACACAGACAUAUCAACACGCAUGUGAUCUACUCAUGAUCUUCGGGGAACUCGAAGUAAACGUGGAUUUUCUCGUGCAAAUAGACAAAUUAGUUCAACUGAUAGAAUCUCCUAUCUUCACGUAUAUGAGAUUGCAGUUGCUGGAUACCCAGAACAAUUUCUACCUUCUUAAAUCAUUGUACGGAUUAUUAAUGUUACUACCUCAAAGCGAUGCGUUCACUACAUUACGUCAUCGUUUGGAUUGCGUCCCUAAUGGUAACGUUUUACUGACGUCACAGUCAAAAGGGAACCUCGAAAGACGCGAACAUGUUAAGAAACUUAACUUCACUUCAUUACUUGAACAAUUCAAAAAUGUCCAAGGGAGACAUGUCAAUGAAAGAUUUGGGAAAGAUCCUCCAUUAAACCAUAGUUUAAGUUGAUUUUUCCAUACAUGUCAUGCUAGAAUUUUGAACUGUAUAAAAUGUCAACAAAAGAGAUUCUCAUGAAAAUUUGAAUCCAAUCACAAA